UUUCGUUGAUCAGUGCUGAUAGUUUUUCAUGUGUGUUUUGUUGAAAUAAGUCAUUUUUUUUUUUUGUCUUUUAAUUGGAUUGCAGAAAAUGAGCUUGUUUCAAAAUCAAAACAAGAUUUUCUUAUAAUUUUGAAAUCUUUAUUAAGUGAUCAUUGUAAUUGCUCUGAAGGAUGUCAUCUACUCCAACCUUAGAAGAAAGACGUCACUGUAGUCCCAUGGAAAGCGAAACUAGCAUGAGUGGCAGUUUCGAUGAAAAGCUUGGAAAUGUCAAUGGCAGUGGGGAUGAGCAGAACAGAAGGUCGACACGUCGGAAGAGGCCGAAAGUCGAACACAAGGAAGGGGAAAUUAAAACGUUCACUAUAUCCGAAGAAGAAAAUGCCUCUGACAUCGAUGACAAAAGUAAAAUUGAGAAGGUUAGUCCUCCCGGAAAUCAGAGUGAAGACUUAGAAGAAAUGGAUAGCGAGCAUGAUGAUCCGACGGGACUUGAAGGGGCCGCAUUCCAAAGCAGGCUUCCUUUUGAUAAGAUGACAGGCCAGGAGGCUGCAUGCUUCCCUGACAUUGCUCAAGGUUUACCGCAAGCUCAGAAAGUGUUCUUGCACAUUAGAAAUCGCCUGUUGCAAUUAUGGCUUGAUAACCCGAAGCAGCAGUUGGUGUUUGAAUCUGCUAUUCAACAGGUAGAGCCUCCAUUCAACAGUGAUGGUAAUUUAGUUAUGCGCAUACAUGCUUUCCUCGAACGUUAUGGUUUCAUUAACUUUGGUGUGUUUAAACGGUUAAAAAUGCUUCCGACAAAAAAAGUUGGAAAAGUUAUUAUUAUUGGAGCUGGAAUAUCAGGCUUAGCUGCUGCUCAGCAGUUGCAACAGUUUGGUAUGGAUGUUAUUGUUUUAGAGGCUAGAGACCGGGUAGGUGGCCGUGUUGCUACCUUCCGCAAGGGCAAUUUCAUUGCCGAUUUGGGAGCUAUGGUAGUGACAGGAUUAGGAGGGAACCCGAUAACUGUACUUAGCAAACAGAUAAGUAUGGAUUUGCAUAAGAUACGGCAGAAAUGCCCCUUGUAUGAAUCGAAUGGCAACACUGUACCCAAAGAUAAAGACGAGAUGGUAGAAAGAGAAUUUAAUAGACUUUUGGAGGCUACUUCUUAUCUCUCUCAUCAACUUGAUUUUAAUUACGUGCAGAGCAAACCUGUUUCUCUAGGACAGGCUCUCGAAUGGGUUAUAAAAUUGCAAGAAAAACAUGUUAAAGAAAAACAAAUACAGCAUUGGAAAGCUAUCUUAGAGUUGCAAGAAAAGCUGAAAACUAAUUUGAACAAAAUGCUGCAUCUUAAAGAACAAAUUGAAGAGAUGCGUAAACAUUAUCAGGAAUUGUCUGAAUCUAAACAGCAGAAAGAUAUUACUUUAGAAUUUGUUUUGAGGAGCAAAAUGAGAGACAUAGGAGCUGCAUGCAAAGAGUGGGACCAAUACUUAGAGCAACAGAAAGAAAUUGAAGAGAAACUGCAAGAACUUGAGGCUUCGCCUCCUAGCGAUGUUUAUUUAUCUUCUCGAGAUCGGCAAGUUUUAGACUGGCAUUUUGCCAAUCUAGAGUUUGCAAAUGCGACUCCUUUACACAAUUUGUCCCUUCGGCACUGGGAUCAAGAUGAUGAUUUUGAGUUCACUGGUAGCCACAUGACUGUCAGAAAUGGUUAUUCUUGUGUACCAGUUGCUUUGGCUGAUGGAUUGGACAUUAAACUGAAUAUGUGCGUGAAGAGUAUCCGCUACAAUCCUCACGGCGUUGAAAUUCUGGCUAUGAAUACUCGAGCUAAUUCCGGUAUGGUCAGUUAUAAGGCAGAUGCUGUGCUCUGCACCUUACCUUUGGGAGUACUGAAAACUGCAAUUCAGUCUAGUGGACAAUCAACUAACGUUGUUCAGUUCAUUCCUCCACUUCCUGAAUGGAAAGGUGCUGCAAUACAGAGAUUGGGAUUUGGUAAUCUCAACAAGGUUGUUUUGUGUUUUGAUCGAGUGUUUUGGGAUCCAAAUGCAAAUCUUUUUGGCCAUGUUGGCAGUACGACUUCAAGCAGAGGUGAAUUGUUUUUGUUCUGGAAUUUGUACAAGGCACCCGUGCUGCUUGCUUUAGUGGCUGGAGAAGCAGCAGCUAUCAUGGAAACGGUCAGUGACGACGUGGUUGUCGGUCGCUGCAUUGCAGUUUUGAAAGGUAUUUUUGGCAACAGUACUGUUCCACAACCUAAAGAAACUGUUGUAACUCGCUGGAGAGCAGACCCUUUCUCGAGAGGUUCAUACUCUUACGUUGCCACUGGAUCUACUGGCAAUGAUUACGAUAUAUUAGCAACACCUGUGGCCCCUCCCACCGGAAUGCAGUCUGGACAGCCAUCUGCCAUGCCGAGAUUGUUUUUUGCUGGUGAACAUACCAUCAGAAAUUACCCCGCCACUGUUCAUGGAGCGCUACUGAGUGGCUUGCGGGAGGCGGGAAGAAUAGCAGAUCAAUUUCUUGGUUGCCCGUAUGCACUUCGUACACAACCAAUACCUCAACAGCCACCUGUUUGAAAAACGGUUUCAGUUCAUUGUUUUUAGUUUAAGCAUUUCAUUAUUUACUUGCCCUUUCAGUGUUAUUUAAUUUCACGAUAUAUUCAUAUUCUGCACAGAUUCAUUUUUAAAAAAAUACUUUUGUCACAUUAUUAUGCAUUGUGUUAAAUAGAAACUUUUUAUGGAAUUUUGGUAUUUGAAUUUACGAUGUACAGACUGUCAAUAAACUCACUUGAAAGUGUUU